ACGCUACAAAAAAAAAAGGAAAAAGAAAAACUUGUCAUGAAAGUGUUGAAAAUGGUGGUAUGUUAAAACUUCCAACGAAGAACUUACAUCAAAUUCGAAGGAUUUCAGGAUCAAUACAGUGGAUUUCAUUUCUUGAUAUUUCAAUUAAACCACAAAAACUUGAUUCCAAGUAAAAACUCAGUACCAAUUUUACUCGAAUUUACAGAAACAACCAUGACCGGAAAGUUGAAGUGUGUGAUCGUGUCCGUUGACGGAAGUGAAGAGAGUAUGAACGCCUUGAAUUGGGCUCUUGACAAUAUCAAGCUCAAACCCCAUGAUCCCGAUUCUGGAGAACCACAAGGUUCCUUUGUUAUUCUCCACGUUCAAUCUCCACCGUCUAUUGCUGCUGGUCUUAAUCCUGCAGCUAUCCCUUUUGGUGGUCCCAGUGAUAUUGAGGUGCCUGCGUUUAAUGCUGCGAUUGAGGCACACCAAAAGCGGAUCACUCAGGCCAUUUUGAACCAUGCCACUGAGAUUUGUGCUAGUAAAAAUGCAAAUUUUAAGACCCAAGUACUUAUUGGGGAUCCAAAGGAGAAAAUUUGUGAUGCUGUUGAAGAAAUGCAUGUUGAUCUGCUAGUGAUGGGUUCCCGUGCUUUUGGUCCCAUUAAAAGGAUGUUUCUGGGGAGUGUAAGCAACUAUUGCUCAAACCAUGCACAAUGCCCUGUAAUUAUUGUUAAGGGUACUUCUUGAUGCGGUUCUAGUUGACAGUGCUGAUGGAGUAUUGGUCUUUGCAUAGGGUUUGGUAACACAUUCUGUCUUCUUUGGAUGCUCAGCCUUGAGCUGUAGUGAUGGGUUGCUCAUGAGAUGCAUGGAAUGUGUUUGCUCAAUCAAGAAUUGCAAUCUAUAAACUGGAAUAAGCUUGAUUGGCUGUACCUAUGCUGUAAAUCACGUGUGUUUUGCAUUAAUUUUCAGAGGUGGAUCUUGGUUUGUGUAUUUCCCACAUGUGCUGUUUGCAACUAUGCAGAUCUACAUUUUUUGUGAGUGCAAGAACUACUUAAUUAUCAUCAUCAAUGAAGAUCUGAAGAUUUUCAGAAACGAUUAUUGAAUGUAAAUCUUGAAAAUCGACCUUGUCCUUUACUGUAAUUACACUAAAAUAUCUUGACAAUCAAUAAUUUCAUUAUUAUUUA